CGUACCAAAAGAUGGGGGGAGGAAGACUCCAACACACACAUGUGAAACUAUACACCUACAGCAAAGACAAGGUGGGAGUGUUAGGGAAACUGCAAGUGCAAGUCAACUACAGAGGGCAGGCAAAACAAUUACCAUUACUGGUGGUAAAGGGAGAGGGCCCAAAUCUCAUGGGCAGAAAUUGGUUGAAAGCAAUUAAAAUAGAUUGGAGCACUGUAUUUAGCCUGAGGUUAAGUAUGCAGCAGGACUUAGAUGAGCUACUCACGAGACAUGAGGAUGUUUUUAAGAAGGAACUGGGCAUGUUAGUCGGAGCCUCAGCAAAAAUCUAUGUUGAGCGAGAUGCCAAGCCAAGAUAUUUCAAAGCUCGACCACUGCCAUAUGCACUAAAAGACAAAGUUGAGGCUGAAUUAGUAAGGCUGGAGAAGGAAGGCAUUCUUGAACCCGUGAACUUUUCGGAGUGGGCCGCCCCCAUUGUGCCCAUCAUAAAACCGGACAAAACAACUAGAAUCUGUGGGGACUAUAAAGUCACUGUAAACCCAGUGUCAAAAUUAGAUAACUACCCAAUCCCGAAAACAGAGGACUUGUUAGCAGUAUUAGGAGGUGGACAAAAAAUUACCAAACUGGACAUGUCUCAAGCCUACCAGCAACUCAGGUUAGAUGAGGACUCAAAGAAGUUCACAACAAUAAACACACAUCGAGGACUAUACCAGUACACAAGAUUGCCAUAUGGAGUGUCUUCGGCACCAGGCAUUUUCCAGCGCACCAUGGAUGGUCUAUUGCAAGGACUGUCUCAAGUAGUGGUGAGAGUGGACAACAUCUUAGUAACAGGGAAGGAUGAUGCUAGCCACUUAAAAAAUCUCGGAGAGGUGCUUGAAAGAAUUGCAGCUGCAGGCCUUCGCUUGCAACGACAAAAAUGUGUGUUCAUGGCACCCGAGGUAGUGUAUCUCGGUUACAAAAUUAACUGCAACGGCAUCCAUCCAGUGGCAGAUAAAGUUGAAGCCAUUGUAAAUGCUCCUCAGCCAACUGACCAGACACAGUUGAAAUCGUUCCUUGGAAUGCUAAAUUACUAUCACAGAUUCUUGCCAAACAUAUCCACCAUCUUGGAGCCUUUACAUGAACUGUUGAGAAAGGGAAAUGCGUGGAAAUGGACGACGAAUCAGAGUCGAGCAUUCGAGGCAGCAAAAAAGUGUCUCCAAUCUGAUAAACUAUUGAUACACUUCGAUGACGGAAAGCCACGUUAUCUGGCCUGUGAUGCUUCCCCAUACGGUGUGGGGGCCGUUCUAUCUCACCGUUUCCCAGAUGGUUCAGAAAAGCCCAUUGGAUACAUGUCCCGUUCACUAACAGUGGCUGAGAGGGGUUACUCUCAAUUGGAAAAGGAGGCACUAGCCAUCAUGUUUGGCCUAAAAAAAUUUCAUCAAUACCUUUUCGGCAAGCACUGCACCAUCGUCACAGAUCACAAACCGCUGCUGGGUCUUUUGGGUGAGAGCAAAAGCAUUCCACAGUUGGCGGCAGCCAGAAUGCAGAGGUGGGCCUUGCUUUUGGCAGCUUAUGAAUACACCUUAGAAUACAAGGAAGGCUCGAAACAUGGGAACGCUGAUGCCUUAAGCCGACUCCCAUUGCCAGUCAUGCCCAGCAGUACACCACGCGAGGAAGAGGUAAUAAUGCUGAUGGAACACAUGAAUGGCACACCAUUGCAAGCCAAGCAGAUCCGGGACUGGACCAGACGAGAUCCAAUAUUGUCCAGAGUGCAACAAUGGCUGUUACAUGGUUCCUGGCCCAAGGUAUGUGCUGAUCCACGAGUGAAGCCGUAUAUGAAAAGACAGCAUGAGCUGAGUGUGGAGGAUGGCUGCCUUCUGUGGGGGACAAGGGUGGUAAUACCACCUCGGGGUCGGCAGGUAAUGACGGAAGAACUACAUGCAGCUCAUCCAGGGGUCUCAAGGAUGAAAUCCCUAGUCCGAAGUUACGUAUGGUGGCCCAACAUGGAUGAGGAGUUGGAGGCAGUAGUGCGCAGAUGUCAUACAUGUCAAGCUAACCAGGCCACACCUCCGGCCGCGCCGCUGCAUCCCUGGGAGUGGCCAAAUCAGCCAUGGAUGAGACUACAUUUGGAUUUUUGUGGGCCCAUUCUGGGAAAAAUGUUUUUGAUUGUCAUCGAUGCUUACUCCAAAUGGAUGGAGAUCAUCCCAAUGCAGUCCAUAACCUCCUCAAUAACUAUUGAGAAAUUGAGAAGCAUAUUUGCCACUCAUGGCAUCCCAGCAAGUCUGGUUACAGACAAUGGGCCAAGUCUGGUCAGUGCAGAGUUUGAACAUUUCCUCAGAAAAAAUGGCGUAAAACAUGUGACAACAGCCCCAUACCACCCGUCCUCAAAUGGCUGUGCGGAGCGCGCUGUACGGGUCUUCAAGGAAGCCAUCAAGAAGAUGGGGGAGGGAAGUGUGGAAACAAAGGUGUCUAGGUUUCUCUUUAAAUACAGAUCAACCCCUCAGACUACAACCGGCAUUACGCCUGCGGAGCUGCUAUUGAACAGGAGAUUGCGAACACAGCUGGACAUGGUCCGGCCAGCACUGUCAGACAAAGUGGGCUCAAACCAGGCAAAACAAAAACAAAACCAUGACAAAAGGGCCAGGGACCGAGUGUUCACAGACUGUGAGGCUGUAUACAUACGAGGAUAUGCGGGUCAGAAAUGGAUUCAGGCGAGACUCGUGGAGAGGACUGGUCCAGUGUCUUGGACAGCAAAAACUCAAGAUGGCAAGCUGGUGAGAAGACAUCAGGAUCAGAUCCGUCCACGUUAUGAUCAGAAGAAAACUCUUCGUGACAAAUCAGAGUACAGUUUUCCCGAGGAUUUCCAUUCAGCACCACCAGGAGCAGUUGAUCAGGAACUAGUUGAUCUGGAACCCGAUGAGCAGGAACCAGGUGAUCAAGCACAGGAUGCAGAAGUGGGAGUCAGGGACACCGCUCGCCAAAGGAAACCUCCAUCAUAUCUUAAGGACUAUGUUCUCAUACAGACUCAGUGA